GGAAAGAAGAUGACUUCUGCUGAGAAACUGCCAUCAAGUCUGAACACAGAGCAAAACCAAUCUCCUCAUCUGCCUCUCUGUGCAAAUCCUGGCAACCCGGUGUUUUCCUGUAUGCUGGACCCCAAAACACUCAUCACCAAUGGUUCUUCGACAAAGCCUCAGGUUUUACUGUUUAAAACAACUUCAAGUGAAUAUGGUGCUAUACCACCUGUCUCACAGUUGGUUCCCUGUAUUUAUCAUCCAGUGGAUCAAACCUUUUCAAAACACUUACUCGCUUGUGGGUCAUUUGAAGAUAGUUAUUUAAACACUGCUAUUGACAGAAGUAGAGUAUAUGACUACCCCAAUUUCCAGCAUACUCUGUAAAAAUGCAUCUCCAUCUUUUUGUCAGACUUAGACCAGACACUUAGCUUUAAGAAAAGAAACCUAUUAUUUCAGUCAUUCUGGGAAUAACUGUCUGUAUCUGAU